GGGCUCCCUGCCUUCCUCCGAGCUUCCAGGAAUCACCUGGGAAGUCUCGCGUCCCGGGUCCCGGGGAGUCGCUGGCCGCAGGCUCCGGCCCCAGUUGGGGUCCCCGCGCCCAGGCGAGCGGGGGCCGGGCCGGGCUUUCCGCGUGAACCUGCCCCUUGCCCAGGGCGCCGAUGGUCAGGUGGUUGCCUUCGCGCCGCUGACUCGCCACCGCUCCACUGGGCCAGCACCCAGCCUCUCCUUGGCGUGGCCUCUUCGGUUGUCCAGCCCGUCUCCCAGCCCUGGUCCCUCAGAAGGAGGGUAACUCCCUUCCAGAUGUUACGGUCCGCCUGCGUCUCUCAGCACGCCGGUGGCAUUUGGGUUGACCGCGGAGGCCCCCAAUGCCAGAGGGUGUCCACGUUCUGCCUUGGGCUCAGCCCAAACUUUGGACGCUCAGAGACCCAACGGGAGCCCUGGAUAAGGUGUUGACCCCCUUCCCCUCCCCCUUCCCGGCCAGUUACCCACUCCUGGACUUUGCUCUCUACCAGGCCAGGGCCGCUGAUGGUUGUGGCAGAAACAUCUCAAGGUCCUACAACGAGUCCUGCCCUCCUGACCCUGCUGAGCAAGGGGGCCCCAAGACCUGCUGCACCCUGGACAAUGUCCCCCUCAUCAGCAAGUGCGGCUCCUAUCCCCCAGAAAGCUGCCUCUUCAGCCUCAUUGGCAACAUGGGUGCUUUCAUGGUGGCCCUGAUCUGCCUCCUGCGCUACGGGCAGCUCCUGGAGCAGAGUCGGCACUCUUGGGUUAACACCACAGCGCUCAUCUCGGGCUGCACCAACGCCGCGGGCCUCUUGGUGGUUGGCAACUUUCAGGUGGAUCAUGCCAGGUCUCUGCACUACGUUGGAGCUGGUGUGGCCUUCCCUGCGGGGCUGCUCUUUGUCUGCCUGCACUGUGCUCUCUCCUACCAAGGGGCCACCGCCCCACUGGACCUGGCUGUGGCCUAUCUGCGAAGUGUGCUGGCUGUCAUCGCCUUUAUCACCCUGGUCCUCAGUGGAGUCUUCUUUGUCCAUGAGAGUUCUCAGCUGCAACAUGGGGCAGCCCUGUGUGAGUGGGUGUGUGUCAUCGAUAUCCUCAUUUUCUAUGGCACCUUCAGCUAUGAGUUUGGGGCAGUCUCCUCAGACACACUGGUGGCUGCAUUGCAGCCUACCCCUGGCCGGGCAUGCAAGUCCUCCGGGAGCAGCAGCACCUCCACCCACCUCAACUGUGCCCCCGAGAACAUCGCUAUGAUCUAAGGUCUGGGGAGGGUGGCUGGCCCGGCCUCUGCAGCACCCCACCCCAUAUCUUCUUUGCAUUUAUUUUGUACCAAAAACAAUUUUGAGAAAGUAUUCUGUUGGGAUCUGGGCUUCCUCACUUCUGGAGAAGUGGCCAUCCCAUGUCCACCUGUGCCAUAGAGGAGUGGGCCCUGCCAGCUGCCAUAGCUGCAUGACCUGCUUCCCCACCCCACGGUGUUGUUUUGUUUUUAAAGGUCACCUGUCCUCACUCACCCAGCCAGCCCUUCAGGUGCCUUCUACUCCCAGUGCCAAAGCCAGACCACUGGGGUUUCCUGCUGCAGGAAUUGGGGGCUGGGAACAGCAGAGGGGAUAGAAGUCUGGUGGAGGUGGAGUGGGCACGCCUUAGCCUACGGAAAGGCCCAUGUCUGGGCCCACUGAGCUGCACUGGGAUUCUUCACUCUGCCCCUCACUUCCUUUAGGGCAAAUAACACAGCAGAACCACGUGGGUAUUUUAGUACUUUUUUUUUUUAUAUUAAAAGGAUUCUAAUUUGCA